AAACUCCCGGGUCCCAACUUCCAACUACCGCCACAACUCCACCGUGCGUCAUCCCCACUCGCCGCCUCAUCCCGCGUCCUUCAAUACUCUCCUCCAGUAAAUACCCCCUCGCAAUUCCCAUCAAAAACCUCACCACUCUAUGAUGAGAAUUAAUGGGUAAGACUAGCAAGUGGUUCCGUUCAUUUUUAAGCUCCAAAAAGCCUCCGCCGCAGGAGAAGGAGAAGGAGAAGAAGAAGAGUAAGUGGGCUCUCUCGAAAUCAGCUGACAGUAAUGAAGACACUGUGGCGAGCCCCUACGUUGAUGGUCUGGACGCUAACAAGCAUGCAAUAGCCGUGGCGGCGGCGACUGCAGCUGUGGCGGAGGCAGCUCUCGCGGCUGCCCAGGCGGCUGCCGAGGUGGUUAGGCUGACCAGUAGCGGCCGUGGAAGUGGGAGGAAUGUCGCAGCUUAUACUAGCGUAGACCGGCGGCGGGCGGCUGCUGCUAUCAAGAUUCAGUCCGCUUUCCGGGCCUAUUUGGCUAGGAGGGCAUUAAGGGCACUUAAGGGACUGGUUAAGCUUCAAGCCCUUGUUAGAGGCCACAUGGUCAGAAAGCAAAGCGCAGACAUGCUCCGUCGCAUGCAGGCAAUGGCACGAAUCCAGGCACGAGCCUCUGCACAUCGUUCUGAGUCAUCCAACAGCAACACCAAAAUCUCUAAACCUGGUCAUCCAGGAGUUGUAAGUUUAAGAGACUACAAUCAUCGAUCGGGUAAUGCCAAACACGGUGGAUCUGGCCUGAAGCAACUGCAGCAAUACAACUCCAGACCAAGUAUGAACUAUAAUGGGAAGAGAGAAAGCUCCACCCUAGCUUCCAACUGGUUAGAUCACUGGAUGGAACAAUACGCAUGGAACAACCACCACCAAGAUGAUGAGAGAAGUGACAAAAUACUCGAAAUAGACACAUGGAAGCCUCGCCAGACCACCCGACAAACUGAUAAAACCUUCUCAACAUCACAACAUCUUUCAGCAGGCAACUACUCAGGUCAAGAGCAUUCAAAUACCAGCUCCUUCUCAAGACUCUCAGCAAAGCUUCAGAAACCAAAUCCCAGUACAUCAUCGGAGGAAGUGUUGUCCGUAAUAUCACCAAGCUUUCCACCAGAACGAGAUCAAGUUGUGGUGGUUCGAACAGCUGAGAACAGCCCAAGAGUGCACUCUUCUGCUUCGUCUAGGCCGGCUAGCAAUCCAAGAGGGCCGUUCACUCCAGCGAGAAGUGAGUGCUCGAGAAGCUUGUUUGGUGAUUAUCUCAGUUACCCCAAUUACAUGGCAAAUACAGAGUCAUCCCGGGCUAAGGUUAGGUCCCAGAGUGCGCCCAAGCAGAGACUGCAGUUCCAUGAACUUGGGACGAGUGCGAGUUCUGGCCACGGGUUUUGGGGAUCCGAUGCCAAUUCUGAGAAGGGCUUUGCCCUGCCGGGUAACUACACAAGGAGCAGUACUUAUAUGCAAGCUGGUCAGUUAAGAAAGCAAGGGACUCCUAUCCCUGGUGAUCGCUACCGGUUUUAGCUCCAGUGACGGUCACGGUCUUUGGUGACAGAUUUCUUUUAUGUGCCUAUUAUAUAUAAAUUCAUCGGUAGAAAAAGAUUGACACAGAACUGAAAAACUGGUGUGAUGUUGCCUAGUUUCAGGAGUUGGUUCGUAAUGCGUGUGUGCUGUUUGUGGUCGAUCAAUUGUGUGUAAAAAUGUUUGACCACACAAAUAAAAACUCGUCUGUCUGAUUUCUUGAAUUGAAACAACUAUGUAUGUAUGUCGCUCCUAAUCUUCACGAAGUGAAUUUUCACUGCUUAA